AUGGCAUAUAUAAAUGCAGCAUUUCGUUCGUCUCGUAUAAAUGAAGUCUAUUUAUUCGUGAAGAACGAGUAUGUGCUAGUGAACUAUGCUCCAGGCACGAAAGACGACAAGGUGUUGUUUGGACCACAUCUUAUCGGCAUUGGAUAUCCAUCCCUCACGGGCACAACCUUUGAUAAUCACAAGACCAAUGACCAUCAUGCAAUGUUCCCCUUCUUCAAAGGGACAGUGUUUGAAAAUGGCGUAGACACCGCGUUUGAGUCAACGAAAAACUAUGAAGCUUACCUCUUCAAAGACAACCAGUAUGCUUUUAUUAACUACGAUUAUGAUUCCCACCUCAUCUCCAUCCGUCUCAUCAAUCGAGGUUUUCCUAGUUUGAAAAACACCAUCUUCGAAAGUGGAAUUGAUGCAGGGUUUUCUUUGCACAAGACUAAUGAGGCAUACCUAUUCAAAGGAGAUUACUACGCUCGCAUCAACUUUGCUCCCGGCACCACAGAUGACUACAUCACUGGUGGCAUCAAGAAGAUCCUUACCUAUUGGCCCUCUUUACGUAGCAUCUUGCCACUCAAAAAUAGUGGAUGA